GGGCCGCGGCGGCAGGGGCGGCAGCAGCAGAGGGACCCGGGGGGGUUUUCGAGGAGGGUUUAGAGGGGCCCCCAGAGGGGGUGGCGGAGGCUUCAGGGGCGGAAGAGGAAGAGGGCGUUAGCGAGCUGCAGCAGCAGCAGCAGCAGCAGCAGCGGCAGCAGCAGCACCUGCCUUUGCUGCAGCAGCUACUGCACGAUUCCCUAGAGAGGCAGCAGCAGCAGCAGCGGCACCAGCAACUGCAGCUGCAACAAAAACAGCUGGUGCAGCGUCAGUUGCGGCAGCAGCAGCGGCAGCAGCAGCACCAGCAGCAGCAGUUUCCUGCAUGCAGCCCCAAAUUGCAUUUCUUGUUUUUGUCUUUGUGGGGCCCUUCGCCUUGA